UGGACAGUGGCGGUUGGCGUCUCAGUCACGGUAUACUGGAAACAUCAUGCAGGGCAAGGCCUUAAGCACGCAUACAAAAGGAAAUAUUCCUGCAGAAUGCUUCCAAACAUCUGACACAGGAAGCAAUGGCCGUAUGCCACAUCCAGGGCAAGGCCUUGAGCACGCAUGCCCAAGGAAAUUUCUGCAGACUAGUGCCAAGCAUCUAACGCAGGAAGCAAUGGCCAUACAUCGAUCAGAUGAUCAGACAUCACAUACUGAGAGUUACGCGUCAUGGAAUCGUAGUCAGCCAAAAACCGAAUUAUCUGAAUAUAUAAUCAAUAAUACCCUCAAGGAUGACCUUUAUUCGCUACUACAGAGUUUAGGCGGAAAAUGCUAUGCAAACGAACGAAAUGUUGCAUCUGCAAGUACGCUACAAGCAUUAGAGGAACAUCGUACGGCCAGGACAGAAAUCGAAAACAUACGCAACGCGAAUGUAAAAGAAGCUACCGAAUUAGUACCUUUAAAGCGAAAAUCCUCCUAUCCCCAUGAAGUCGUAAGAAAGAAAACGAUAGUUGUAGAUAACGAUAAUGAAAAAGAUUAUGAGUCAAUGUGGAAUGUGCAUAAAGACACCUCAACUAAUGAAAAUGAGCAAGUAUCGUCGUCUACAACUAAUGAAAAAUGUACAGUAAUGAUGGAGAGCCCAAGACAAAUACUGCCAUGUAUUCUUAAAUCCAACGAGAACUUUACCAAUGUGUGGGAUAAAUAUUUGCUCAAGAUUGAAUUGAAUCCAUGGAGUUUGGAGCAUGAUUGCAUUGUUAAAACAUUUCGAAAUGAUGUGCUCAAAUCAAGACUUAAACCCAUUUUUCAAGAGAAUGAAAACGAUAAGCGGUCUCUAUUACAGAAAUUUGCGCGAGUUUGGGUCGAUAUAGGUGAAAAUGAGAUUACCAUGUUUGAACAAUAUGCGUUACUGGUCACACAUAUCUUUAUUAGUGAAUUUGAAAGUAAAAGAAAUAUCAUCUCACACCCUUCGACUACUGAAGCUAUGUGGAGUACAGUCGAAUUGGAUUCAACAGCAUUAAGAAAAGACGGUGGCCGGGAUAUUCUUACUCUUCCAAAAGUUUCAACGGGUCAUAAGGGGGAUGGGACAGGACUGUCGGAUGACGGACACGAAAGCUUUGUUUUAGAAAUAUCUUUUGCACCACAAAACCAAGAUAGAAGGAAAACAGCCGAAAAAUGA